AUAUUUCGGUUUGUAGUGUCAAAUCAAACGCUCAACGGGGAAAGCUUUAUUUAAUUUGAUUGAAAAACGAAUUUAAUUAAUUUCUACUGCUGUAGAACAAUAUACAAAAAGUGUUUAUUAUGUUAUUUGUGACCCUAAGUGUUUGAAUAUAAAGAAGCUUUACAAGUUUAUAUAAAACUUAUCAUGGAUCCCUUUACUCAGCGCAUGUUAGAGCGAGCACGAGCCAGACAGGAGAAAAUCGACCAGAAACUCGCAAGUUCCGGCCAAACACCAAGACGUAAACCAUUAAGCGAGAAUGUUUCUAUUUUGAAAAAGGACGUUGCACCGAUGAAAUCUCCCAGUAAAGGUACUAGAGAUGCUAUCUCGUCGCCGAGGAAAUCUUCAAGAGAGUCAUUGAAAUCAGAAUCUCCUAUUAGAUCGCCUAGGAGCAGCAAGACAGAUGCAGUAGCAAACAAGCCUCGAAAUGACGUUAUAGUGACGAAAAAAGAGUUUGGUACCCCUAAACGUGGUAGUGCCAACAGACGAAACUCGGACGUGUCCGUGGAGAUUAACAUUAUGCACAGAAACGACAUACAGAUUGAAGUUCAAGUGGAAGAAAGAGAUGCUCCGAUUGAUGUUGUUUUUAACAAAGAUAGUGGAGUGAUUAUAAGAGAAAUUGAAGAUGACACCUCUAAACGUCCAUUGGAGACGAACCUUGACGAAGUGGAACACAAGACUGAAAAGACCGGCAUGAAGAACAACUUGAGGAACAAAUCUAGAUUAGACAGACUUGGUAAUCUAUAUUCAGACACCCCAACGCUCUCGUCGCCUAUUCACCGCACGGAACAAGAUUUCCACUCGGCCACGCCUCCCAAAGUUCAGGAGACGAAGACCAGGCCUAGAGACGGAAAGAAGUUCGGUAGGCUCGCUGCUUUGGCUGACCAGAUCAACAAUUGGGAGGAUGAUCUGACGCAUCAUAAUAUACAUCCCGAACCCACAAAAGAAAAGAGGAAUCAAAUAAGACCCGCAAAGAAGGAAGAACAAGACGCGUCCACCCUCGACAUAUCCAUACAUUCCAUCAACGACAUCAAUAAGGCACUGCACACUGUCAAAUCUGACCAGACCUCAAAAUCGUCAACAUCGAAACACACAUUCACAAAACCAAACACGCCGCUUGACAAGAAAAUUGUUGCUGAACUGGCGCUCAGAAUAUAG